CAUCCAGAAGGAUCUAUAGGAAAUUCUCACAAACAGAGCUCGAGGAGGGGAGACGGAGCUUAUGCUGCUGCAGUUUUAGGGUCAUAGUGUUGUGCUCUAUCUUGUGGGAAUCAAUGGCCUUAUGGAUGGAAGCAGGGUCGGAACCGACGACGGAGAGUGAAAAGGCUGAUCUUGACGCAAUUUCAGCUCUCAAAGAAUCUGCCGCCCUCGAAUUCAAAGAAAAGGGUAAUGAAUGCGUGAGGAAGGGGAAAAAGCAUUACUCUGAUGCCGCUGAUUUCUACACGAAAGCAAUCAAUCAGAAUGUUUUAAGUGAUUCAGAGACCUCAAUCUUGUUCUCGAAUCGAGCUCAUGUCAAUCUACUGUUAGGAAACUAUCGACGUGCCCUCACAGAUGCUGAAGAAGCAAUCAGGCUCUCCUCAACAAAUGUUAAGGCAUUCUAUCGAGCUGCAAAGGCAUCAAUGUCAUUGAAUUUGCUAAACGAAGCAAAAACUUACUGCGAUAAAGGAAUUGGGCAAGAUCCAGGCAACGAGGGACUGAAGAAGCUUUUAAGGCAGGUGAAUUCAAAGAAACAGGAUCAAGAACAACAUGAGGCUGAAGUCUCACGGGCUGUGGCAGAUGCCAAGACUUGUCUCUCAGCAAUAGAGAGCAGAGGCGUGAAGAUCGGUAAGGCAAUGUUCCGAGAACUCACAGGUUUGAGAAAACCAGUGUUAGAUAAAAACAACAUUCUCCAUUGGCCUGUCCUGCUUCUGUAUGCCGAAGUCAUGACCAGCGACUUCAUCGAGGAUUUCUGUGAAACAGACAUGCUCUCAACACAUCUCGAUCUCAUGUUCUCAGAGGAUUGCCCGCCACUGCCAUGGGAUAAAGAUAACAAUUACACACGUGAUGCGAUUGAGCUGUACUAUGAGGCAGGCUCUGGAGCUGCUUUGUCAAGGUGUAGAAUUAUUCGGUACCUUCUAGAAGGUACCAAAGGUUCUGAAGCUGAAAGUAGAGGCGAUGAUGACGGCAAUGUAGCUCCUAAAAGUGCACCAAAAGGGAAGGGAGAGAGGAGAAUGGUUAGAGUGAAGGAGAGGAGAACGUUGUAUGAUGUGUUGAAAGAGCCUUCCUUCAUCAUCCCUGAGAUUCCUGUGUUUUAUGUUGUUUCGAAGCGGUCCAGUUUCUACCAUGACUUCACCGCCGGAAAAUGGACUAUUCGGUAAAAGGGAUGAUGUACCACCACAUACUUUAGCUGUCUUCUUGGAUAUUUCAUCCACUCCCUUUUUUUUUUUUGGUGAAUUACUAAAUUCCAAAAAUAUUUUUUUGUACAAUUAGUAUUAAUCCUUUCCUUUAAAAAAAAAUCUUUUUAACUCGAUGUUUUCUUUGAAAAUGAAAUGAUGAUGCAAACGAGUGGAGUUGGAGACAC